ACUCACUGCCAACAGGGACAAAAAGCUCUGUGAGACAUCUACUACAAACAAACGCCUUAAUCUUUGGAAAUAUCCAACAUCUCAUCAUGUGCAGAGGACUGGAUUCACUGCCCAUCACCUGCCUGGAGAGGGCAAAGGAGCUGAAAGCUUUGUUUGGAAGUUUACUACACAAAUCCGAACAGAGCAUCACCGGCCAGUCAAAGAAAAAUGACAAACUGAGCAGAUUGAAUGUGGACGAGCCUUUGAAAUGGAAGGAGUCGUUUGACAAGCUGCUGUCCAGUCAAAAUGGACUGUGCCUGUUCAGAGCUUUCCUGGUCUCGGAGUUCAGUGAGGAAAACAUCGCUUUCUACCUGGCUUGUGAGGACUACCAGGCAACAAAACCCUCCAAACAGGCCAGCAAAGCAAAGAAAAUUUACGACGAGUUCAUCGGCACUGAUGCACCACGAGAGGUAAAUCUCGACCAUCUGACCAAAGCCAUCACAAAGAAGAACUUAGAGCACCCAGGACAGUCCUGUUUUGACCUGUCCCAGGCUAAAAUCUACACCCUGAUGGAGAAAGACUGCUACCCUCGCUUCCUCAAGUCCUCAACAUACCUAGAAGUCAGCAGAAAAUCCAAAACUGGCUAAAAGAAAAUAUUAAAACUAUUGUUCUACAAGCAGACGACGACCCUUUCAAAAGGGACAUGAGCUUUCUUGCACACAGCAGAGACUGCAAAGGUUCACAUGGAACGAAAACUUCAGUCUGAGGACUAUGGUGCGGGAUUGUGGAGGCACUGUGGACACCUAUGGUUGUGAAGAGAUCAGAAUUCAAGCUUGAGGAUAAAAGAGACAUGAAGCUGUGAGAAAAGACUGGAAAAAGACUGAGCUGCAAGCGAUGUCUGCCUCUAAAAGAGACACCUGUACUGUACAUACAGGGCUGCAUGAAAAGCAGCCACAGUGGCAUAAAUUAUUUAAUGAUGAGCAGCUUAAAUAAGUUGCUAUCACACAGCUACCACUGGGAGAGACUCCCAUGCACUAAAGUUUAUUUAUUUAUUAUUUAUUCUAAGUUAAGUUUUGAUAUGUGAAUGUUGUAUUUAAUGUUUUAUAUGAAGUACUAUAUGUAAAAAAU